AUGCAGCUUGUCGGACCGCUGCCGCGUGAAAUCUUCAGUGCGGCUGCGUUCGAUGGGCGCACUGCGGCGGUUGACGCCCCGGUUGCCGAAGCCGACUCCUCUCGUGAAGGCGAGAAACUGUGGGGUGCGGGGAAUCCGUUUCGGAGGGCUGAGAAGAUUGAGCGGGAGUGUGGCGCACACGGUGUGGAGGCCGUGCGCUACACAAAUGUGUGUUGCCUAUUUGAUCUUCGAAUGGGGACACGUUUGUGUCAGUGGUUCUGGGCCCCAGCGAGGGCCUCUCGCGGUUACGGCGUGCCGCUCGCCUUC